AUGGCCAUCUCACUCUGCCCAGUGACACCUGCUACCAUUGCGGUAGUACUGUCGUUCCUCCUCAUAGGCUACCUUAUCACCGGGAGCGUGGUCAACCAUCGCAAGCUCCGGCAGUUUCGCGGGCCUCGUUGGGCUGCGUUCAGUCGUUCGUGGCUGUUUUGGCAGGAAAUUAAUGCCAGGACGCACAACGAGCAGUAUGCUGCGCUGAAGAAGUACGGCUCACCAUGCCGCAUUGGACCCAAUUUGCUCUGCACCGAUGACGCCGAUCUCGUUAGGCACAUGAAUGCUCCCGGUAGCAAAUGGACGAGAUCCGGCUGGUAUGAUGGGAUGCGCAUGGACCCGCGGACGGACUCAGUCUUCUCAACAAGGGACGAGAAGGUGCAUGCCGACCUCAAGGCUCGGGAGGCGGGUGGUUACAACGGUCGAGACAUCGACACACUUGAAACAGACAUUGAUGCCAGGGUCAUGGACAUGGUUGACCUGAUCAAGACUUCAUACCACAAGAUACCUAUGGACCUCGCAGAGGUGACCCGCUACUUCACCCUUGACGUACUAUCCACCAUUGCCUUCGGAGGACCCUUCGGCUUCCUGGAGGCGAACAGAGAUCUCUGGGACUACAACAAGGAAAGCUCUAACUUCCUGCUGAUCUUGAACCUUGUUCUCAAUCACAAGUUCUUCCGCUGGAUCUUCUUCCAGCCCUGGUUCCAAAAAGCGGCAGGCCCCAAGGACACCGACAAAGUCGGUAUGGGCCCAAUGUUGGGCGUAGCCAGGAAAGCUGUCGCUGAGCGCUAUGGCCCCGAUCGCAAGGUGAAGAAGGAUAUGCUUGGCCAUUUCGUCGAGAAGGGUUUGAGCCAGGUGCAGUGCGAAGUCGAGGCAGAGCUCCAAAUCAUCGCUGGCUCCGACUCAACGACUACCGUGCUCAGAUCGACCCUUUUCCUCCUGAUGGGCAACCCUACAGCGUACAGCAAGCUGCGGGCGGAGAUCGAUGCAAAUGUCGGCGUCAUGUCGUAUCCCGUGGUGAAGUACACCGAGGCGCAGAGGCUGCCAUACCUCGUCGCUUGCCUCUGGGAAGGGCUUAGGAUGUACCCGCCGCUCUUCGGACUAAAAGGAAAGUGCUCGCCUCCUGGUGGUGAAACUUUCAAGGGUGUCUUUUACCCGGAAGGCAUUGAGAUGUCCAUCUGCGAUGAGGCGAUGUGUAGGAAUCCAGAAGUGUUCGGAGACGAUGCCCAGAUCUUCCGCCCAGAGCGCUGGAUCGAAGCGGACGAGGACACCCGAAAGAGAUACAUGAGAGUUGUGGACUCAGUCUUCGGCUCCGGUCGCUUCCUCUGCUUGGGCAGGCAUAUCGCUAUGAUGGAGCUGCACAAAGCGUUUGUCGAGCUCUUCCGGAGGUUCGAUUGGACCAUCGUCGAUCCCAUGCGUGGCAUCGAUGCACAUGCUCACGGUGUCCAUUGCCAGUCCAACAUGAAUGUCAUUGCGUAUCCGAGGGAUUGA